CAUGGGCCAGCUCGUGUCCAAGGCGCCUCAGUACCGCUCCGAGAGCGACCGCUUGGAGCUCCAGGGACGCUACGUCGUGCACACGGCUCUAGCCUACUAUGGGACAUUUUACGGCAUCUGCCCGGCGUUCGAGGCAAUCGCCGGCGACGCGGUGCCCCUCAGGAUGCUCUGCCGCGUCUUCAACCUGGCCUUCCACGCCGCCUACGUCGGCCUCCUCGUCCCGUACCUCGUGGGUAUCCUCGUAGACACGGAGGGGUACUUUUACCGCCUGCCGUCGAGCCUCGUCUCGUGGACCUUCCGCACGUGCAUCACAGGACCGGUGCUCUGGGCGCUGCCGUGGGUCGUGCUCUGGCCGUUCAUGCUUCUCGUCGCCAUCGUCAGCAAGCACUUUGAGGAGGUCGACACCAAAGCGCCGUCGGCAGCAGAGAGCUUGAAAGUGGUCGAAGCGACGACAGAGACGACGCCAGCCGUGCCCGCGUUGACGCCGGUGGUAGCCGUCGUGGCGCCCAAGGCGCCAGAUGUGCCGGCGAAGGCCCCAGCCAAGUCGUUGGGAAAACUCAUGCUCUCUUGGCUCACGCCGUCCAAGCGGUCGCCGCGAAAGCGCUUGGGAAAGGAGAGCCCGAAACAACACGCCACCCGCGAGACGGCCAAAACCAAGUGACAGCACUUGAUACUUGGUUGAUACUAGUCAAUUGCCCGAAGUCACGGGCGCUCUCCUCCAUUACGUACUACACCCUUGAUCGCUGUUCG